UCUGUUUCUUUUUAAACGAAUAACGAUGGAUAGAUACGGAUACCCAGAACCAGAAGAAGUUACCAAUAGCUAUGAGCACCAUUAUUCUUCUCAUACCUAUUCUUAUACCUCGUCCGAGAAUAGACACUCCUCUUCUUCUCACAGAAUUUCUUCCGAUGAUAGUAACGACCCUACGUUCACAGAACAAGAUUACGCGCAUCCCAAUCCAAACUACCCUCAGCCUCCUGAGUCAAAACAUAAUCCUGGCCCGGAUCCUGUUCCAUAUGGUGGUAUGGUCAGUCAUCAAGGCGAUAAUGAUGAUGAUGACAGAGAAGAUGGCAAGUUUUACUUGCAUGUAGAUCCUACUGUUGAUCAAGAUGAGCUGUCCGAUUUUGAACUUUCAAACUGCCAGGGCAAAAAAAGAGCACUAUUGAUAGGUAUCAACUAUGUGGGUACUAAAAAUGAGUUGAAUGGAUGCAUUAAUGAUGUGCAAAACAUUAAAAACUUUUUGACCUCUUUGUAUGGCUUCCAGGAGGAAAAUAUGGUUAUUUUAACUGACAACCAAGAAAAUCCAAAGUUCACACCUACAAGAGCAAAUAUCCUUGCUGCCAUGCAAUGGCUGGUUCAUGACGCAGAACCUAAUGACUCAUUCUUCUUUCAUUACAGUGGUCACGGAGGCAGAAUAGAAGAUGCCCACGCGGACGAAGAUGAUGGGUUCGAUGAAACUAUCUAUCCGCUAGAUUUUGAACAGUUUGAAGGUACCUCUGGACAAAUUAGAGAUGAUGAUAUGCAUGAUAUUAUGGUACGUCCUCUACCCAAGGGCUGUCGUUUAACGGCUAUCUUUGACAGUUGUCACUCUGGAACUGUCCUUGACUUGCCUUAUGUAUACUCUACAAGAGGUGAAAUCAAGCAAACAAACUUGUUCAAACAUGCUGGAAUGGGCCUUUUGUCAGCUGGUGUUCUAUAUGCCAAGGGAGAUAAGGAUGGUGCAUUGAGCUCGAUCAUGUCAUUGGGCAAACAGUUGCUGGAAGCUCGUAUGAUUUCUAGCGAAGCACGUAAAAGAAAUACAACCUUGGCCGACGUUAUCAUGUUCUCCGGUUGUAAAGAUGAUCAAACAUCUGCUGAUGCUCAAGAGGCUGGACGCGCAACAGGCGCUAUGAGCUAUGCCCUUACUACAACUCUUCGUCAAAACCCAAAUCAAUCAUAUCACCAACUACUCAAUAAUCUUCGUCGAAUUUUGCGCGAUAAAUAUUCUCAACGUCCGCAGAUGAGUUCAUCUCAUCCUAUUGAUGUUAACUUGGAGUUUACAUGCUAACUAGUUUAUUUGAGUAUAAAACUGGAUAAACGAGCCAAUAAAAGAGCAAGUAAAUGAUAUCAACUACCCUUUUAAUUCUAUUGUAUUAUACAGUUUUUUCUACAAGUAAUGUCGCAUAAU